CACCAGAGAAAAGCCUUCUUUACAGCUCGGCAAUGGCUCCUCCUGCAGUCCCCCACUCGCGAUGAUGAUCCCCAUCAUCACCAUCACCAUCAUCAUCAACAUCAACAUCAUCAUCCCUUUUAAGGCUCGAACCUCGUGCCUCGACUCACUCGAUACACCGACAAGCUCGCCACCAGCCCUUUUCCCGCAGCCAGAAAGAGCGCCCAUGGCAGGGAGUCCCGCCGCGGCGACGAUCCCCAGAAAGAGGCUCCUCGUCCUCAAGAAAGUGUCCAGCUUUCUCAGGAGAUCCGCCUACCUGGCCAAGAUGAGCAAGCCCGUCAUCGUCGUCCCGUGCCUGGCUCUGCUCAGGAGAUCCGCGAGGCCGAGCAGAUUCGAUAGCUUGGGCAACUACCGGUUCCUCCGGGAGUACGAGUUCUCUCCCUCCAGGACCCCGCUCAUCCACCGCUACUGCAGGAAGAAGCUAAAGCUGAAGGGGAGGAGGAGGAGCUUCAAGGAAGACGUCCGGUCGCUCCUGGUCCUGUGCAGCUGCCUGGGGAGUGGGGGGAGGUCGUCCUCAGGUUGGGAGGAGGAAGACCGUUUCUUCGCUGCUGCGGGGACAUUCGCCGCCGAGCCGGCCAGUGACGCGCUCGAGGAGGAGGAGGAGGAGGAGGAGGAGGAGGAGGAAAGCGGCGGGGAUUCGGUCGAUCUGAGAGCGGAGAUGUUCAUCAGGAGAUUCUACGAAGAGAUGAGGAUGCAGAGGCGGCUCUCCCUUUAGACGCGGAACGAUCCCAAGGUUCAUCGCAUCUUGCAGCAUUGCGACGGCGAAAGAUCGUCGUAUCUCUCGCGUCAUGUGAAUCUGUUUUCUUGUUCUCUGCUCUCCGCAGGAUCUUUUUUUUUUUAGAGAGAUUGCGGGGGAGGGGUGUUUAUGCAUUCUUUUGAUUCUUUUUUCUUCCGGGUUAAGAUUGUUCGGGGAUAUCAGAAAAUUGUCAGUUUUGGGUCUUUUCCUUCU